AUGCUCCGCUGGUGGAUAAAGCUUGGAGUAGCGACCUCGUGGCUGGUGGGUGUUGCAGACUGCGAAGCUCAGUUUGUUGUGACGAGCGGGCAUUGCAAAGCCUACACCCACUUCCCCGGCCAAGUCCCGGAUGAAUAUGACAGCGGACGUUUCCAGGAUCCUACAUUGUUGGACGGAGCUUACGGCUAUGAUUACAGUUACGGCUAUGGCUACUUUUAUGGCACUUCAUACAGCGCCUACGGCCUCGGCAACACCGGGCCCAUCAACUGUCCGGCAAAGAGCGGCGUCUGCUGUGUCAGGGGCGCCAGCUAUCCUUAUUCGCAGGGCAAGGCUGGACGGCUCGAAGGAUUAGUGUUUCACCGUCGAGGGGUCGCUGCUAUAAGCCAGCGCUUGUUGCGAUACGAUAGCCGAUCCAAGUCCUACUUGUAG